ACCCAGAGGGUUUGCGCUUGCUUUUCUUGGGCCAUGGCGCCGCGGAGAUGGGCGCUGGCCUUGCUGCUUCCCUGCGGCAUCGCCUGGAUUGGAAGGUCCUUCGCGCCGACGCCUCGCAGCUUGCGCCGACUCCGCGCGCAGCCAGAGGUGGCAACCGGCCCGGUGGAGGCUGUGGGCAAAUGGUGGAACGAGACCUUCGAAUUCUGGGAUGCUCUCGAGAUUUGGAACGCACCCAGCUUGGACACGGACAAACGACCUGAGGCUGUCGAGCUGCACUCGUUGGUGGAGCAGAUCUUAGAUCUCACGAAUGGCACCGUCGUUCGGUCUGGGGCGGAGGCCAAAGCUGCUGUCCCCGAUGCCAAGAAGGAGGAGGUGGCGCGGAUCCUGGAGCUUCUGCCCGCCGCCUCGGUGGCCUACUACCGGAUGCGCUUCACCAGCGUCUUGUCCAAGCGCCCGGUGAAGCGGGGCUUCUCGAGCGGCGCAGUGUAUGCGAAUCUGGCGAUCCUCGCAGUGUUUGCGAGAGUUGUGGCUCCACGGCUGCUGGCGGCUGAGAACCUGGAUGACUUCUUCGAGGCUGUGCAGCCCCUGGGUGUGCCGGAUCGAGCUUCCUUGAUGGGUGUGUUGCAGUCCAUCGCGGAGUUCGAUACCUUGGUGAAGAUCGGGCUCUACGUCCUGGUCUUCAUUCUCGAGAAGCUGUUUAUGCUGACCGAGUUCCUUCCGAUUCAGAUCGCCCUGAAGACGCUGGCGCCCAUUAUCUUCGGAGGCCUGGUGCAGGGCGCGCUGGCCUCCGCUGCCACCGAGACGCUGGCGGCCAGCUGUAACUUCUUCAUCGGCCGCAGCUUCCUGGCGGAUCGACUUCAGGGCUUUUCCGCCUUUGGCAGUGAGCCGCUCGGCCGGCAGCCCUGGUUCGGACGCCUGGAGACCGCCGCCCAGGAGGAAGGGGCGCGCUUGUCGCUGCUGCUUCGGCUGGCGCCAGUGCUGCCGCUGCCUUUUGAUUCCUACUGGUACCUCUUGGGUGCCCUCGGGGUGACCUGGUGGGAGUUCGCGGCCGGGCACUUCGCUGGGUGCCUGAAAACGGCAUUCCUGGAUGCGUCCUUCGGAAUGCUGCUGCUCACCUCUGUGGGCAACGACGGGAGCGUGGUGCAAAGCCAAGCCCAGCAGAUCGUCCUGGUGGAGUCCGUCGCCUUCGCCACCGUGGCGGUGCUCGUGGGCACGGUGGCCACCAGGCUGAUCAACGAGCUUCUGGGCUUAGACGAGGAGGAGCCCGCGCAAGCUGAGCAAGCUGAGCAAGCUGAGCAAGCCGAGCCAGUGGCUGUGCGCAGGGACUAACGGUG